AUGAAAGUGUCCAGCAUCGACUGCCGCCACUUGCGGAGAAUCAUCAGGAAGGAGCGCGGGAGCUGCCUUAUUGUGGACUGUCGACCUUAUUUGUCAUUUAGCAACUCCAGCAUCAAAGGCUCCGUCAAUGUCAAUCUCAACUCCGUAGUGGUCCGGAGGUCUCGGGGAGGGCCGGUGCCUCUGCAGUUCGUCAUCCCGGACCAGAGAGCCCUUCUACGGCUUCGGGAAGGGAGCAUAUCGGCGGUGGUGGCGCUGGACGACCGGACGUCCCACUGGCAGAAGCUGAAGAAGGACAGCGUAGCACAAAUAGUAAUAAAUACCCUAACGGAUGUGGCUAGUGGGACCAACAUCUGCUUCUUAAAAGGAGGAUAUGAGAACUUCCAUUCGCAAUACCCAGAACUUUGCACUGAGGUGAAAUGCAUCGAGCAGAGCGGAACUGAAAGCGAGAAAAAAGCCAAUUAUGAGAAGCUUGGUCACCAUAAACCAGAUUAUGAUCAGGGUAAACCCGUGGAGAUCCUGCCUUUCCUCUACCUCGGUAGUGCCUACCACGCCUCCAGGCAGGACUAUCUCACUGACCUUCACAUCACUGCCUUGCUCAACGUGUCACGCAGGGACAUGCAGCCGGCCAAGGGCCACUAUAACUACAAGUGGAUCCCAGUGGAAGACAGCCACAUGGCGGACAUCAGCUCCCACUUUCAAGAGGCAAUAGAAUUUAUCGAUCAUGUAAAGAAAUCCGGGGGAAAGGUCCUCGUCCACUGUGAAGCGGGCAUCUCUCGUUCCCCCACCAUCUGCAUGGCCUAUAUCAUGAGAACCCAGCAGCUGAGACUGGAUGCAGCAUUCGAUAUCAUCAAGCAGCGGCGAGCCGUUAUCUCACCCAAUUUUAGUUUUAUGGGUCAGCUGCUGCAGUUCGAGUCGGAAGUCCUGUCGACAGCACCCGCUCAUGCCGCCACACCUGAACCCGCCACUCCUUGUGUCCCGGAGUCGGCAUCCUUUUUUGCCAAUGACAUCACCACCUCCUUCAACACCAAAAACUUUGAGCCAUCUGUAUUCACCCUCCCUACCUCUUGCCUGAAGUCUCCAGUUCAUCAUCAGUUCAAGCUGAGCCCAAUAACUGCACUGCCUUAA